CAGCAGGAGUUCCGGCCCCUCCCAGAAGCUUUUCUCUCCUCUUAAAAAAAGUCCAUUCGGAUCGCGAGAGCAGCGCGGAGGAGACGGAGCCGACCUUUCUCCUGGAGAAGAUGCUCGGGCCCUUCUGAGGCGCCAAGUUCCACAAAGUUGCUCCUGCCGCCUGCCGGGCCCGGGCCUCGGAUGCCCAGCUUGCCAGGAGGAGAAUCCCUGUGCGGAGGAGCCUCCAAGAUGUUCCAAAAGCUCUUCCCCGCGCUCCUGGUCUGGAGCCUCCUGGGCUCCCUCCAUGCUCAGCAGCAGUCAGCGUUCUUCGAAGGCGGCCCCACGGACAGAGCCAGCAGCUGCCUAGAGGAGACGGACUGCCCCAUCAACGUGUACUUCGUCCUGGACACCUCGGAGAGCGUGACCAUGCAGUCGCCCAUCGACAGCCUGCUGAGCCAGACGCAGCAGUUCCUGCUCCAGUUCACCAGCGAGCUGAAGAACCUCAAGUACCAGGGCCAGGUGGCCAUCAGCUGGCACUACGGGGGCCUGCACUUCUCGGACGAGGUGGAGAUCUUCAGCCCCCUGGGCAGCGACGAGGCCACCUUCAAGUCCAAGCUGCAGAAGAUCCGCUCCUUCCGCCGGGGGACCUUCACCGACUGCGCCAUCUCCAACAUGACCCAGGAGAUCACCAGGAACCCCAGCAAGGGCGUCAACUUCGCCAUCGUGAUCACCGACGGGCACGUCACCGGCAGCCCCUGCGGCGGGAUCAAGCUGCAGGCCGAGAGGGCGCGCGACGCGGGCAUCAAGCUCUUCGCCGUGGCCCUCAACCAGAACAAGAACGAGCACGGGCUGCGGGAGAUCGCCAACCUGCCGCACGAGCUCUACCGCAACAACUACCUCACCAUCAGGGAGGACUCCUCCAUCGACCAGGACACCAUCGACAGGAUCAUCCAGGUCAUGAAACAUGAAGCGUAUUCUGAGUGCUACAAAGUGAGCUGCCUGCAGAUCCCGGGCCCCGCCGGCCCCAAGGGCUACCGAGGACAGAAGGGAGCCAAGGGGAACAUGGGCGAGCCGGGCGAGCCUGGGCAGAAAGGGCGACAGGGAGACCCCGGCAUCGAGGGCCCCAUCGGCUUCCCAGGCCCCAAGGGCGUCCCUGGUUUGAAGGGCGAGAAGGGUGAAUACGGCGGCGACGGGAGAAGGGGAGCCAUGGGGCUGGCCGGCAAGAACGGGACAGACGGACAGAAGGGAAAGCGGGGACGCAUCGGCCCCCCCGGCUGCAAAGGGGACCCCGGUGACCGGGGCCUGGACGGUUACCCAGGAGAGGCCGGGAGCCCAGGAGAAAGGGGUGACCAGGGCAGCAAGGGAGAUUCUGGCCGCCCGGGCCGCCGAGGCCCCCCAGGACCCGAUGGAGAGAAAGGGAGCAAGGGUUACCAAGGCAACAACGGAGCCCCUGGAAGCCCAGGCGUGAAGGGAGCCAAGGGGGGGCCGGGACCCCGAGGACCUCGUGGAGAGCAGGGCCGUAGAGGAGAUCCAGGGGCCAAAGGUGGCCCAGGAGAUGAUGGGCCAAAGGGAGAAAAGGGAGACCCCGGCCCCGAGGGACCCAGAGGCCUGGCGGGAGAGAUCGGGAACAAAGGCGCCAAGGGAGACCGAGGCAUGCCGGGACCCAGAGGACCUCAGGGCAGCCCUGGAGAGCCAGGGAAGCAGGGAUCCCGCGGAGACCCAGGGGAUGUUGGUCCCAGAGGAGACUCAGGGCCUCCCGGACCCAAGGGAGACCGGGGGCGACCCGGCUUCAGUUACCCCGGACCUCGAGGAGAGCCGGGAGAAAAAGGCGAGCCCGGCCCCCCCGGCCCCGAGGGCGCACGAGGUGACUUCGGCAUCAAAGGAGCGCCCGGGAAGAAAGGAGAGAAAGGAGAGCCCGCAGAUCCCGGCCCCCCUGGAGAGCCUGGCCCCAGAGGCCCCAAAGGAGCCCCCGGCCCAGAGGGUGAACCUGGUCCCCCUGGAGACCCCGGCCUGACGGAGUGUGACGUCAUGACCUACGUGAGGGAGACCUGCGGAUGCUGCGACUGCGUGAAACACUGCGGAGCCCUGGACAUCAUCUUUGUCAUCGACAGCUCGGAGAGCAUCGGCUACACGAACUUCUCGCUGGAGAAGAACUUUGUCAUCAACGUGGUCAACAGGCUGGGCUCCAUCACCAAGGACCCCAACUCCGACACAGGGACGCGCAUCGGGGUGGUCCAGUACAGCCACGACGGCACCUUCGAGGCCAUCAAGCUGGACGACGAGCGCAUCACCAGCCUGUCCCAGUUCAAGGAGGAGGUGAAGAAGCUGGAGUGGAUCGCGGGGGGCACGUGGACGCCCUCGGCCCUGAACUACACCUACAACGAGCUCAUCAAGGGCGGCCGGCGCAAGAAGACCAAGGUGUUUGCGGUGGUCAUCACGGACGGGCGCCACGACCCCCGCGACGACGAGCAGUCGCUGACCGCGCUGUGCAACACGGUGGAGAACGUCGUGGUCACCGCCAUCGGCAUCGGGGACAUGUUCAACGAGCAGCACGAGAGCGAGAGCCUCCGCUCCAUCGCCUGCAACCAGAAGGGCCAAGUGCGCAACAUGACGCUCUUCUCCGACCUGGUGGCCGAGAAGUUCAUAGACGAGAUGGAGACCUUCCUGUGCCCAGAUCCCCAGAUCGUCUGCCCUGAUCUCCCCUGCCAGACAGAACUGUACGUGGCCCAGUGCACCCAGCGGCCCGUGGACAUCGUCUUCCUGCUGGACGGCUCCGAGCGCAUCGGCGAGCGCAACUUCCACAAGGCGCACCGCUUCGUGGAGGAGGUGGCGCGGCGGCUGACGCUGGCGCGGCGGCACAACGACCCCCUGAACGCGCGGGUGGCCCUCCUGCAGUACGGCAACGAGCGCGAGCAGGAGGUGGUCUUCCCGCUCACCUCCAACCUGACGGCCAUCCAGGGCGCGCUGAGCCGCAUCCGCUACCUCAACUCCUUCUCGCACGUGGGCACGGGCAUCAUCCACGCCAUCAACAACAUCGUCAUGGACCCGCAGGCCGGGGCGCGCCGCAACGCCGAGCUCUCCUUCGUCUUCAUCACGGACGGCGUCACGGGCGAGCUGAGCCUCAACGAGUCCCUGCACUCCAUGCGCAAGCAGGACGUGGUGCCCACCGUGCUGGCGCUGGGCGGCGACGUCGACAUGGACCUCCUGCUGAAGAUCAGCCUGGGGGACCGGGCCGCCAUCUUCCAGGAGAAGGACUACGACAGCCUCUCCCAGCCCAGCUUCUUCGACAGGUUCAUCCGCUGGAUCUGCUAGCUCUGCCCGCGGCUCCAGAGUCCCGAGCGCCCCGCCCCGCCCCCGCUAUACACGCGCUCCUCCUCCUCCCCUCCCGCGGCCUGGACUCUUCCUAAUGAACAGCAACUAGUCCCAACCUCUCAAUGGUGCUAACAGAAAGCGAAGGGGCGAGGGCGGCGCCCGUGACCCCAACGAAGCCUCUUCAAGUCACCCCCCCCCCGCCCCGCGGGUGAGUGAGGGGGCCGCGCGGGGUCUCCCAGCUCCAAACCCGAGGCCGAGCCGGGUCACCGGCGCCCUCCCCCUCCUCCUCCCACCCUGCCUCGGAUGACCGACCUUCCAGUCUCACCUCCGGAGCGGGUUCUUGUAGCCCGGGCCUGCGGAUGGAGAGGGGCACAGGUCCCCAGAGCACGAGCGAACCAGCGGAGGCCGUGAGAGCCUCCGAGCCAAGUCGCGAGCAGGCGGAAGGCUUCCCGGCGCACCGAGGUCGUCCCGCCACCUCCCCACGCCAGCCUCCGGGAGCUCACCUGGGCCUCCCGCCUCCCCUCCAAAGACUCCCAACAGUGAGACCACUACCUGCAAACCCCGCCCCCUCCUUCCCAGCAGCCUCCUCACCAAGGUCCACAGUGCGUGGACUUGAUGCUUUCGGCUUUCUUGCUCUGUCCUUGCCGCUCUGCUCUCCCCCUCCCCGCUGUGGGAUCCAGGCCCGCGUGGCCCUUUAUCCUCCUCCUCCUCCGAUGGUUCCACGACCUCUUGUUGCUCCCACGCAGCCUUCCCCGCGGGUGCCCGCCUGCUGGCGCCUUCCCUUUAGGGAUCUCAGCCGCCCCGUUUCGGUGCUGAGAGAGGACCGUACUUCUCUCGGAGUGGGGGUGCUGCACACCCUCGGUGCUUGACUCGCCCCUCACCCCAGCGCAAGCCACGGGGAGCUCCCCGGCCUCCUGCUCCCGCCAGCCCUUGGGUCUGCCCUCCCUCGCCCGACCACCGGGGCCCCUCAGGAGUGAGCUCAAGCCUCCCUCGGAAAGGGCGGCCGAGCCGGGCGGGCCACCUCAGGCUGUGGCUGCCCUGGGCCUGGGGAUGUAACUCCUGACACUGCGCUCGUUAAGACCCCCACGGCAUCCAGCGCCUUACUACAAACCCUGCCCGGGCGGGGGCCUCCUUUUUUUUGGGCGGCCUUAAUUCCUACCCAUGAGAAGCCACGGGGUCCCCAUGCUGCCCCCUCAUAAUUACAUAUGCUGGGGGGGGAGGGAGGGCUCAGCCACAGAACUAAAAUCCAGCCCACGUCUUCUGGAAAAAAACUUUGUGACAAUUGACCAAUAAACCUUUUCUUACCUCCCAAUACAAA